AGUUUCCACUCUCACGACAGUCAGCAUAUGUAAGCUACACGCUCUGUUGACCACACUGAAAAUCUGAAAUCCUCUGUUACAUUACCUGGUUCUCAUUAUGACAUCUUACACUGAUAAGGGAGAAAAGCCACUAAGAGGAGGCUAUGUCAGUUUCCAUCAUAUCACCUUCUGGGUUGGAAAUGCUAAGCAGGCAGCUUCAUUUUAUUGUAACAAAAUGGGAUUUGAACCCCUAGCUUACCAAGGGCUGGAGACAGGCAAUCGAGAAGUGGCAUCUCAUGUUGUAAAGCAGGAUAAGAUCCGGUUUGUUUUCCAGUCUGCACUAAAUCCUGGCAAUGAAGAAAUAGGAGAACAUCUAGUUAAACAUGGUGAUGGAGUAAAGGAUAUUGCAUUCCAGGUUACAGACUGUGAUUUUCUCGUGCAGAAAGCCAAGGAACGAGGAGCUACAGUUAUGAAGGAACCUUGGGUUGAACAGGAUGAAUUUGGAAAAAUAAAAUUUGCAAUCAUAAAGACGUAUGGAGACACAACACAUACUUUAGUUGAAUACUUGGGACCUUACAAAGGGCUCUUCUUACCAGGAUACAAGGAAGCCAUGUUUAAAGAUGCCCUCUUGACAAAACUGCCACCUAGCGGUCUGAACUUUAUUGACCACAUUGUGGGUAAUCAGCCUGACAAUGAAAUGGUAUCUGUGGCAGACUGGUACCAGAAAUGUCUGUUUUUCCAUCGGUUUUGGUCAGUGGAUGACAAACAGAUACAUACCAGCUACAGCUCCCUCCGCUCCAUUGUGGUGACAAACUAUGAAGAGACCAUUAAGAUGCCAAUCAAUGAGCCUGCUGCAGGAAAAAAGAAAUCCCAAAUACAGGAAUAUGUUGAUUAUUACGGAACUGCAGGAGUCCAGCACAUCGCUCUCAAUACCUCAGAUAUUAUUCAGUCUAUUGCAAAUUUGAAAGACCGUGGAAUGGAGUUUCUCUCAACUCCAGACACUUAUUAUGAUCAGCUUAGGGAAAAGCUGAAGGAAGCCAAAAUCAAAGUAAAAGAAGAUAUAAACAAACUACAGGAGUUGAAGAUUCUCGUUGACUUUGAUGAUAAGGGCUAUUUGCUUCAGAUAUUCACCAAACCCAUGCAGGAUAGACCCACAGUCUUCCUGGAGGUAAUCCAACGGCACAACCAUUAUGGCUUUGGUGCAGGAAACUUCAAAUCCUUGUUUGAAGCCAUUGAGAAAGAUCAGGAUGCCCGGGGGAACCUGACUGUUUACACAGCAAACUGAGAUACAAAGCCUUUUAAAUGAACAAAUAGACUGGAUGCAAAAGGAGGACUGCUUACAUGGCUUUGAAAACUAUCACAUCUCAAGUGCUGUGUUUGCUUUAAUCUCUGAAAGGAUACAGUGCACUGAAAUGAUACCCCAUACUCAGCCAUGGAAAACAUCUUCAUUGUCUUAACCUUUAUCUAUCUUCAGUGCUCCUGCAUUAGACAAUGAAUUGCUUUGAAAUUAUCUUAAGAAAGCUCUUUCAGAAAAAAACUUUAGUCUCCUCUGGUUUACUGUUAUGCCCUUUCUCAGAUCCCUGUUAAUUCUUUCUCUUAAUCCAACAAGAGUCAACAGCCGGAUUUCUACAACAUUAUUGAUAUGCACUACAGUCACCAUUUAAUUUGCCAGACAUGAUCUUAAGAAUUUCUGAUCAUGCUAUAAAUAUGCACACCACCCUCCCAUUAUGAACCUCUGGGUACAACUGUACACCUAAAACAAAAAGAAAGUUGUAAAAGAAUGAAUCCAUAGAUAAAGAAUAAGAAUAGUUUAGGCAUCCAGUGGGAAUUAUGAAUCUCUAA